GCGCCCUGCCCCCGGCAUGUGUGGCCGCUGGCGCCGGUGGCCGCCGCCGCGCCGGGUCUGAGCUGCGCGGGCUCGGGACGGUGCGCGCCGGCCGACGUGCGUGUGGCGCCGCCCGAGCCGCCCGCUCGUCCCCGGGCCGCGGUGCAUGUUCGCCUCCUGCCGCUGUGUGUCGAGAGGCGGGCGGACCAUGAAGAUGAUCCACUUUCGGAGCUCCAGCAUCAAAUCGCUCCACCAGGAGAUGAAAUGCACCAUCCGGCUGCUGGACGAUUCCGAGAUCUCCUGCUACAUCCAGAGGGAGACCAAAGGACAGUUUCUCAUCGAUCACAUCUGCAACUACUACAGCUUGCUGGAGAAGGACUACUUUGGCAUUCGCUAUGUAGAUCCAGAGAAGCAGCGGCACUGGCUUGACCCUAACAAGUCCAUCUCCAAGCAAAUGAAAUCUCAUCCACCAUAUACCAUGUGCUUUAGAGUGAAAUUCUACCCACACGAACCCUUGAAGAUUAAAGAAGAGCUCACAAGGUACCUCAUGUAUCUGCAGAUUAAAAGAGAUAUUUUCCAUGGACGACUGCUUUGCUCCUUUUCAGAUGCUGCUUACCUAGGUGCCUGUAUUGUCCAAGCUGAACUUGGUGAUUACGACCCUGAUGAACAUCCUGAGAAUUACGUCAGUGAGUUUGAGAUUUUCCCCAAGCAGUCACAGAAGCUGGAACGAAAAAUAGCGGAAAUCCAUAGAAAUGAACUCAGAGGCCAGAGCCCCCCGGUUGCUGAAUUUAAUUUACUCCUGAAAGCUCACACUCUGGAAACCUAUGGAGUGGAUCCUCACCCGUGCAAGGAUUCAACAGGCACAACCACAUUUUUAGGGUUUACUGCUGCAGGUUUUGUGGUUUUUCAGGGAAAUAAGAGAAUCCACUUGAUAAAAUGGCUGGAUGUCUGCAAAUUGAAGUUUGAAGGAAAGACAUUUUAUGUGAUUGGCACCCAGAAGGAGAAAAAAGCCAUAUUGGCAUUCCACACUUCGACACCAGCUGCCUGCAAACACCUUUGGAAAUGUGGUGUAGAAAACCAAGCCUUUUAUAAGUAUGCAAAAUCCAGUCAGAUCAAGACUGUGUCCAGCAGCAAGAUAUUUUUUAAAGGAAGUAGAUUUCGAUAUAGUGGUAAAGUGGCCAAAGAGGUGGUAGAGGCAAGCUCCAAAAUCCAGAGGGAGCCACCUGAGGUACACAGAGCCAGCAUCACUCAGAGCCGUAGUUCCCAUUCCUUGAAUAAACAGCUCAUCAUUAACAUGGAGCCCCUGCAGCCGCUGCUGCCUUCUCCCAAGGAGCAGGAAGAGGACAUGUCUUUGAGAGAGGGUGUCCCACUGUCCAAAGAAAACAACGUUUCUGCCCCCUUGAUCUCCAGCUCUCCUGUGAAAGAGGCCCAGGAGUAUGAAGAUCUCCCGAGCGAAGAGGAAGAUAAAAUGAAAGAAGAUCCCCUUACUAUCUCUGAACUGGUCUACAACCCAAGUGCCAGCCUGCUCCCUACCCCCGUUGAUGAUGAUGAGAUUGACAUGCUCUUUGACUGUCCGUCCAGGCUGGAGCUGGAAAGAGAAGACACAGAUUCCUUUGAGGAGCUGGAAGCAGAUGAGAAUGCUUUUCUAAUGGCUGAGGAAGAGGAGCUGAAGGAGGCGCAUCGGGCUUUGUCAUGGAGCUAUGACAUUCUCAGCAGCCACAUUCGGGUGAACCCACUGGUCAAGAGUUUCUCCAGACUUCUUGUGGUGGGCCUGGGCCUGAUGCUCUUUGUAUUUCCCCUGCUCCUCCUCCUUUUGGAGUCAGGUAUUGAUCUCUCCUUCUUAUGUGAAAUCCGCCAGACACCAGAGUUUGAGCAGUUUCACUAUGAGUACUACUGUCCUCUCAAGGAAUGGGUGACCGGCAAAGUAAAACUCAUUCUCUACAUGCUGGGUUGCUCGUAAAGUUCGUUUCUCAGAUUACUAAGGGCUAUAUUCGAUACUAGUGAUUUUUUUCCAGCAGAUGUCUGAUUCUGAGUGGCCAUGGGGCCGUCAACAGGCAUUUCUUUAUCCAUCAUUGAUGAUUCCAACACUUAAGUUUGCUCUCCAUAAUCCACUACAUUUAAGUUUAAAUUAAAUAGUUACUUUAGUUAUGUGUCAAGAAAAUGGCCUUUAAGUAACCAAAAAUAAGUUAUAUUUUAUUACAGUAUAGACAUACUCUUUAUUAUAUAAUGUACUUCCUUAAGCUGCAUUAGCUUUCCCGUUUUUUUAAUAACACCAUUACAAGCUAUAAGGUUCAGAAUCAGAGCUUUGGUAAAAACCCAAGAGAAAGCUUUUGAAUAUAAUCCUUAGUAAAAACAAUGUUCUCUAACCAAUGCCUAUACAACUAAAUUUAUGCUGUUCUUCUUUUUGUUUUUUUAAAAAUAUUUUUAUGUGUUUAAAAUAUUUUGGUAAAUUUUUAGCAAAAAAAAAAAAGAAGAAAAGUAGCAUCCUGGAGUUAUUUAAGUGUAUAAAUUGUAAGAUUAAUGCACAAAGGGUAUCUUGGGAAUUUUUUAACAUUUUGGCACUGGUUGGUUUUUGAAAUAUUUCUUGACUAAAUAAUUCCCCAAAUUUGUUUUCAGCAGCACAUGAGAUAGGGAGUCAGUAGAAAGAUACCUUAGUAAGUAAGCUCCCCAAAUGGAUGAUGGAACUGGAAGAUGUAGAAACAGAGCAUCAAGUGGACAUCAGGUGGCCCUUUUGUCAAAGUGCUCGGACAAGAUGACUUGCUACUUUCAUUUGCAUCUGUCCAUAUAGGUUGAGUGGGGUAGCAGAAUGCUUUUAGGGAAAUGAAACUUUAAAGAAGACAGUUAAAAUAUAUGACAGUUAAUUGCAUAUUAUUGUAUAUAUUUAUUAACCAAAUAAAGGACAUAAUAGGAAUUGGACAAAUGGCAAGUAGCAAGAAAAGAUUUUGGGUGAGGCCAGCAGGCAAGGGUUGGUUGGAAACCCCUCUUUUUAAAAUGAAAUUGAGGCAAGAUAUUGGAUGAUGUUAGUGACAGUGAAGUCACUGUUGGGAUGGCAUGAAUAUAGUCUAUAUGGAUCAAGAUAAUCAGAAAUACAGUUAAGGCACAUUUUUGGUACCUCAUUUUAUUCAUUGUGUUUCUAUUGAAGAAAAUCCAAGAUAUGUGCAUGUGUGAAAAGGGAGAGAGAAUGGAGGAGACAGGGAACCCCUUUAUUAUGAGAAUGGAGGCCUCUUCCUUAGGCCUAUGAUCUUCUCUGUAGUGGGCACUAUAUACUCAUUGUCUAAGUUUCUUAAGAUCUUAACUCAUAAGUUCAUAAUUGGGGUCCAGGGAAUUUACUGGGUGAUGCAGCAUUUCAGCUCAAGAAAAGUACUAAAAUGACUCCCUAAACAGGCAUUAUGGAGAAAUGCUCUCAUACUUUCCUUCAUACCAUUAUAGUCAUAACAGAAACCUUUGAUGGCUUCUAUGUGGACAACUAAUCAAUACUGUGGUAUAAGGCAUCCCAAGAUCCAUACACUUUUCUUUCUCAAUUAUACCACAGUAUUGAUCGACCCCAGUGUUUAGAGAGGAGAAGGAUGGAGAAGGAAAAAUAUCAAAGGGAAAAGAAGAGAAUAGGAAGUAAUGUGUUAACAGACAUCAGGGCGUCAGUUAUCCUGGUGCUAUGUGAGAGAGGUUUAGCCAAAUAUCCAAGACACGACUCAGCAACACUAAAAAUGUGAGAUCUAAGCUG